GGGAAGAUCACCUGGUAUAGGAUCCUCAAGCCAUUGGAUUUCGAUGUGGCAUUUGAAGGCCGUCACGUCCACAGGCCAGCCGCAGUUGGUAAUGAUGGCUCUAUCUGUUCACGGACAGGGUCACAUGCUCUUGUUCAAUCGUGUUCCGUCAAGAUCUUGCCGUGGAGUUUGUCAACGGUCUCUAUGGUGUGAUACACGAUGUUUUGGGAAACUUCGACCGAGGCCAUGACAGCAUCGAUGGUCUCUUGAUGUCGCACCGAGUUGAGAUCGAGGGAGUUAUGGGUUAUGUUCUGGGCUUUCUGGGCGUCCUGCUCCUGCACCUCCAUCACUGGUGCUACUUGACUCCCGCAGCCAUAUAAUGCCGCCGUGCAUGCACGGUGUCCUCCCAUCUGAGCUCCUUCGCGACGCCUUCCCUCGGCUCGUCCUUCGUUUCUGCUUCCCCUCCCCGCUCCUCUCCUCCAUCGCUCUUCUUCGAUUCAAGCCUGGCCGCAGGCGAGUCCUGGCGGCCGCAUGCACCCAUCAAUGGCGCUCGGCCGCGGCUGCCGACACGUACCCCGCGCGCUCCUCGUGUAAGCGACCAGGCGCCGCUUCGGCAUGGGCAACGUCGGCGCGGCGGGCGGCCCUGCAGAGCCGGGACCGGCGCCGCCAGUGUCGCUCGAGAUUGACGACCUGGAGGUGUCCCUGCAGCGCGGAGGGCCGCCGGCGGCGCCCGGCGGCGCCGCGGCCGCCGGGCACCAGGCCGACGGGGUGGGGGCGCCGCAAGGCGCGGCGGGGCACGCUGCGCCGCUGCGCGGCAGCGCCGUGUGCCGCGAGGUGCGCGGCCCGUGCGCGCCGCUGGGCGCGCGCGCAUUCACGGACGCAGGCCUCGUGGGCACCGAGCGCGAGCAGCUGAAGCUGCUUUCCUACUUCGCCAUGCUCAGCGAGGACUUCCGCCGCUACCAGGAGCAGGUGUGCCGCGUGCCGCCCCGCGAGGCUCUUGCGGCGGAGGAGAGUCUCAGCGCCAGCCCCGGUGCGGCGCAGGCGCUCUGGCGCGCGGCGCUGGGCGAACCCCUCGGCGACAGCGGCGCGGGGGCCGAGCCGCAGUGGCCGCAGCUCGUGCUGUUGAGCGGGCCGCCUGGCACGGGCAAGACGCGGCACGCGCUGGCGUGGAGCCGCGCGAUGGGGCUUCCGCUGGUAAUGGUGGACCAUCGCAGCGAGGGUUGGCUAGGCCGCGUGGAGGAAGCGGUGCGUGGUCGCGACUGCAUGCUGCUGUUCGACGAGCUGGACGGCUUCUUCACAGAUCUCGCAGACGACAAGUCCGAGGUGGCGGCGCGAUUCCCAGCGCAGUUCCGGCAGUUUCUCGACGGCACGCUCAGCAGCAGCGGCGGGCGUGUGUUGGUUGCCGGUACCACGAACAAUGUGGGCAAGAUUCCGCGAGACGUGGUCCAGCGCGGCGAGGUGGUGGACUUCCAGUUGCCAUCCCGCGAACAGGUGGAGCCAGUGUGGUCCCCUGGGGGGACCGACAUGGGCAUGGGCGCAGCGGGGGCGAAGAUCGACAGCAGCUCCUGCCCAUUUUGAACCGGAUUCGUUGUCGGUGCCGCCGCGGGUCUUGUUCAUUUGGGGCUAAGGGUCGCUUGCCCAGCACCGACCACAGUCGGCUUCGAACAACAUUCGUCGGUGGUGAUCGCCCCCCACGUUUUCCGUUCCUGUUUCGGGCGUGCCAAGGUCCAAGUACGCGGGCCAUUUGACGCCGGAAGAGCGGCGGGCCUUGGCCGCAGCCACGGCGGCCGCGGGCCUGUCGGCGCGGGACGUGAAGGUGUGCGCGGCCUCCGCCGAGCGCGAGGCGGCCGCGCAGUACCUGAACCGCGCGGGGCAUGGGGGCGGCUACGCGCACGGCAGCAGCCUGCUCGGCUGCCCCGGCCCGGCGGCCCCGCUCUACGCGCGCUGCCUGCGGCAGCGGGGGCAGGUCGAGUGAGAGCGUUCGGCGUCCGCAGGCCCAACCAGA